AGUGGAGGAGGAGGGAGGGGGAAGCGGAGCGCGGGCGGCGGACGGAGCCUUCUCGGUGCGCGCGGCCGGAGGACAAGGCAGCGGCCAUGCUGUGCUAUGUGACCAGGCCGGACGCGGUGGUGAUGGAGGUGGAGGUGGAGGCCAAGGCCAACGGCGAAGACUGCCUCAACCAGGUUUGCAGACGUUUGGGGAUCAUAGAAACUGAUUACUUUGGACUCCAGUUCACAGGCAGCAAAGGAGAGAACUUAUGGUUGAAUUUGAGAAACAGAAUAUCCCAGCAGAUGGAUGGUCUGCCUCCUUACAGACUGAAAUUACGGGUUAAGUUCUUUGUGGAGCCCCAUCUUAUUUUGCAAGAACAGACAAGGCAUAUGUUUUUCUUGCACAUAGAGGAGGAUCUUCUAGCUGGCAAUCUUCAGUGUUCCUCUGAGCAUGCAAUUGAACUUAGUGCACUACUUGCCCAGUUGAAGUUUGGGGACUAUAAUCAAAAUACUGCCAAAUAUCACUACGAAGAGUUCUGUGCGAAGGAGCUUACUACUGCUGUUUUGGAAAGUAUUACGGCAAAACAUAAAGAACUUGAAGGCCUCAGCCAGGCUUCAGCAGAGUAUCAAGUUUUACAGCUUGUAUCAACACUGGAAAACUAUGGGGUUGAGUGGCACUCUGUAAGAGACAGCGAAGGGCAAAAACUCUUUAUUGGUGUUGGUCCUGAGGGCAUCUCCAUAUGUAAAGAUGACUUAAUUCCUGUUAACAGGAUUGCAUAUCCAGUUGUUCAGAUGGCAACACAGUCUGGAAAGAAUGUGUACUUGACUGUCACAAAGGAGUCUGGCAAUAGUAUAGUCCACCUUUUCAAGAUGAUCAGCACCAGAGCAGCUAGUGGACUGUACAGAGCAAUAACUGAAACUCAUGCAUUUUACAGGUGCGACACUGUUACCAGCGCUGUCAUGAUGCAGUACAGUCGAGACCUAAAAGGCCACUUAGCAUCCUUGUUCCUGAACGAAAACAUUAAUCUUGGCAAGAAAUACGUGUUUGAUAUUAAGCGAACAUCAAAGGAGGCUUAUGAUCAUGCAAGACGAGCUCUUUACAAUGCUGGCAUUGUGGAUCUUGUUUCAAGAAGUGACCAGAGUCCACCCAGUUCCCCCCUUAAGACUUCAGAAAGCAGUAUGAACUGUGACACCUGUGAAGGUCUCAGCUGCCAACAGACAAAGACUCUUCAGGAGAAGUUACGGAAGCUUAAAGAAUCCUUGUUGUGUAUGGUGUGUUGUGAAGAAGAAAUAAAUUCUACUUUUUGUCCGUGUGGCCACACUGUAUGCUGUGAGUCGUGUGCGGCACAGUUACAGUCUUGUCCAGUUUGCAGAUCUCAAGUAGAACAUGUUCAGCAUGUCUAUCUGCCUACCCAUACCAGUUUGCUUAAUCUGACGGUAAUAUGAUCUUUGCGUCAUCACUGAUAGAUACCAUAUAAGCUUCUGAGUCAUCUCGAACUUCCAAGUCAUCUUGUACUAUGUUCACUCCAGCCAUUGAUGGUGAAGGAGAGCAUCUGCCAGCAACAACAGUCAGAAUGGCCACUAUAAAACUGUUUUUGAUUGGAGUUGGGGGGGACGGGACCGUUCUGAGUGUUAGAGAACAUGUUCAGGACAUACUGUGAAUGAUGUGUGGCCAACCUCAUGUCACCCAGAUUUAUUUUUUUUACAGAAAAUGGGAAUUUUUUUAAAAAAAGAGAAUGAGAGGUGGAAAGUUAUGUGUAAUAUCCAUCAAGGGCCAUUCAGCUUGUUUUAUGCAUUUUAUAAAGAUUGUUUUAAAGUUACUUCACUUUGCAUGAUCACUCCAUUUAUCUUUUAGUGAAACUAGUUUUAAUAACUACAUUUGCUUUAUAUUGUUUAGGUUCUGCUCUUAGUGUUACCAAAAUAAGAAACCAUUUUAUUUUCAGAUCAGUGAACUAAGAACCUAAGAUUGCAAAGCUUUAAGCAAAUGGUUAUAUAUUUUGUUUCAUCAAAAAUAAGACUAGAUGACUCCCAAAAUUACCAUCAAAUUUUGAGUAAGCUUGGCAGCCCAGUGGACGUCUUUUGUGAAACUGUUGAAGGGACAGUCUAUGUACAUUUGAAAAAGUGGAGCAUUUAACGUCUGUAUAAAAUUUUCACUUGCAAGAGUCCACUUGUGCUUUUUUUGUUGUCUGCCUUUUUGGGGGGAGAUACUUUAAUCCUAAAACAGUAUAAUCUUAAUAGGGUUUUCUAUAAUGCAGUUGUGUUUUAAAUUAUUCUUUCUAAAAACCGUCUUACCUUCUGCCGUAUACCCUCUCUGUGGGCAUUUUGGACUUUGGUCAACUAGUGAAUACUCCAGAACAUUGAAAACUAGAUGACCAUAUGUGGGUGCAAUACUAGCUCAAAUAAAGGCUAGACAAGUCACUUUACUGAGACUUCCUAAAUAUACUUUUCAUAUUGCCUUAAUGUAGCAGUAAUGUGUGUAUGCAUUUGUUUCUUUGCACAGACAUUUUGUCAAAAUAUUAAAGCUCUACUUUUUUAUGGCACA